AAACAGCUGGAAACUGAGAGGCAGAAGAUUGUGGCUGAAUUUCAGCAACUGCGCCAGUUUUUGGAGGAACAAGAGCGACUCCUGCUGGCCCAGUUGGAAGAGCUGAAUCAGGAAAUUGAAAAGAGGAGGGCUGAGUAUGUUGCCAAACUAUCUGAGGAACUAUCCUCUUUCAGUUCCCUGAUCAGUGAGAUGGAGCAGAAGUGCCAGCUGCCGGCAAGUGAAUUCCUGCAGGACAUCAAAAGCACCUUGAGCAGGUAG